AUGACCACUCCAAUUACAGUGGUGGUGGUGGCGGAAGGGGCGGGGCAGGAUAUUAUUCCGAGGAGUGAUUCGGAGAAGCAAAAGACGGAUGAAUCGGGGAAUCCGGUGUUCUUAGAUGUUGGAGUGUGGUUGAAUUCGGAAUUGAAGAGAUGGUGGGAAAGAGAUUAUAAAGGGGAGUUGUUUACAGUGAAGUACAUAGAUCCGACUUAUAUGAUACGAGCUGUUACUGCGAAUGCAAUUGAUAACUUGUAUUGUACGCUUUUGGCACAUUCCGCCAUUCAUGGGAUUAUGGCCGGAUAUACGGGAUUUGUCACCGGUCCGAUCAACGGGAACUACGCUUAUAUUCCGAUGGAGGACGUGGCUCAGGCCAAGAGUCCGGUUGGGACCAAAGACCAUAAAUGGGCUUGGGUUCGAUCCAUCACAGCUCAGCCUGAUUUUCAGUUCACAACAUAG